GAUGACUGUUUCGCUUUUGUUGACUGUUUCCAGCCCGAUUUCUUGUUCAAGCUUUCCACCACUAUAAUACAUGGACUUCUCCGCCUCCCUUCCUUCCUCUCUCAAGCUUUGAUCUCUCCUCUUCUCCUGAACUUGAACGCUAAGAGAGUAGUAUGGUUGCUGGGAUCUGAUCUGAGGUUGUGUCUUGGUCUCGUUUAGAUAUGACUGCCGCCGAUCUGAUGAGCCGCCAGAAGAUGGACGAGCUGGUGGCUAUCCAGGAGGCUGCAGCUGCCGGGGUCCGUAGCAUCGAGCACCUCGUCUCCCGGCUCUCCCGCCAGAGUUCGCCGUCCGAUUGCCGGGAGAUUACCGAUCUGACGGUUUCCAAGUUCAGGAAGGUGAUCUCCGUCCUGGACCGCACCGGCCACGCACGUUUCCGUCGGGGACCGAUGCUCGCCACGACUGACGCCACGGAAGAUAAAACCCUGAGUCUGCUUCCGCAGCCAUUCGAGUCGCAGCCUCAGCCGAAUCUGCCGGUGGCGUCGAAGGGCCUAACCAUGGACUUCACCGAGGCGAAGGGCGAACCCGCCGCAACGACCCUGAGUCUCGGCUUCAGCGCUUCCACCACGAUGUCAUCCGGAAAUUCCUCGUUCCUCUCUUCGCUCACCGGCGACGGCAGCGUCACCGACGGCAAGAUGGGGCCGGCCGUCCUGUCGGAAGCCCUCGUCGUCGCCGCCGCUGCCGUUUCCGUCGGUAAGCCCCCUCUGUCAUCGUCCCACAAGCGGAAAAGCCCCGGCGACUGUCACGACCGCGUCCACUGUGACGUCGCCCUGAGAAAGCACAGCGGUGAUCUCUGCCACUGCUCCUCCAAGAAAAAGAAAACUCGGGUGAAGAGGACGAUUCGCGUGCCAGCGAUAAGCUUGAGGAACGCGGACAUACCAUCCGACGAGUACUCGUGGCGGAAGUACGGGCAGAAGCCCAUCAAGGGCUCCCCUUAUCCCAGGGGCUACUACAAGUGCAGCAGCAUGCGGGGAUGCCCGGCGAGGAAGCACGUGGAGCGGGCGGCUGACGACUCCUCGAUGCUCAUCGUGACGUACGAGGGGGAGCACCGUCACGCCUCCAACCCCGAGCCCAUCUCAACCGGUGCAUGAUUGUUGAUCCGCGAGAUCAGGGCCGCUCAUCCUCCGUACGACCCUUUGACCAGUCCUUGCCGCGUGUCUCUUCCUCUUCUUCUUGGUGUUGAUGUCUGUGUUGAUUAGCCUGUAAAAAUUAGUGAAACACGCUUCCCAGGAAAGCUGACGUA